GGCGCUGUCAAGGCGUCAGCGCCGGCGGCUCCGCGCGGCUGGCCCCGAGCGCGUCCCUUAUCGCAGACAGGCACCGGGGGCCGGGGAUCGCAUCUUUAUCAUGGGCACUGUUUGCUUUUCGCGGCGCUGCUGUUUGCUCUUUGCUCUCGCCUGGGCCGGCAGGUUGGCAGGAGGCAGCGGGGGCGCAGAUGUUGACGAGUGCGCAGAAGCUACGGAUGACUGUCACAUCGAUGCGAUCUGCCAAAACACGCCGAAAUCCUACAAAUGCAUCUGCAAGCCGGGCUAUAAAGGCGAAGGGAAACAAUGUGAAGAUAUUGACGAGUGUGAAAAUGACUUCUACAAUGGGGGUUGUGUCCAUGAGUGUAUCAACAUUCCAGGCAACUACAGGUGUACAUGCUAUGAUGGGUUCAUGUUAGCCCAUGAUGGCCACAACUGUCUUGAUGUUGAUGAAUGUCAGGAUAACAAUGGAGGAUGCCAGCAGAUUUGUGUAAAUACUAUGGGCAGCUAUGAAUGUCAGUGCAAAGAGGGCUUUUUUCUGAGUGAUAACCAGCAUACCUGCAUUCAUCGCUCCAUUGAGGGUAUGAACUGUAUGAAUAAAGAUCAUGGGUGUGCACACAUCUGCCGGGAGACGCCCAAAGGUGGGGUUGCCUGUGAAUGUAGGCCUGGCUUUGAACUUGCCAAAAACCAGAAGGACUGCAAAUUAACCUGUAACUAUGGGAAUGGAGGCUGCCAACACACCUGUGAUGACACAGAUACUGGUCCUGUGUGUGGUUGUCAUCAGAAGUAUGCCCUACAUUCAGAUGGCCGUACCUGCAUUGAGAAGGAUGAGGCUGCAAUUGAGAGUUCUGAGUACAAUGCCACGUCAGUAGCUGAUGUGGACAAGCGGGUGAAACGGCGGCUACUUAUGGAAACAUGUGCUGUCAAUAAUGGAGGCUGUGAUCGGACUUGCAAAGAUACUGCGACAGGGGUACGAUGCAGUUGCCCAGUUGGAUUUACCCUGCAGCCUGAUGGGAAAACGUGCAAAGAUAUUGAUGAGUGCCUGGUAAACAAUGGUGGCUGUGACCAUUUCUGCCGAAACACAGUUGGCAGCUUUGAGUGCAGCUGCCAAAAAGGCUAUAAACUGCUCACAGAUGAACGAACCUGCCAAGAUAUCGACGAGUGUUCCUUUGAAAGGACCUGUGAUCACACCUGCAUCAACUACCCUGGUAGCUUUGAAUGUCUUUGCCAUAAAGGCUACACCUUGUAUGGACUGACACACUGCGGAGAUAUUGAUGAGUGCAGCAUCAGCAAUGGUAGCUGUGACUAUGGGUGCCUUAAUACAAUGGGGAGCUAUGAAUGUGUCUGUCCACCUGGAAAGAAACUGCACUGGAAUAAAAAGGACUGUGUUGAGAUAGUGAAAUGUCUCCCGAAUGCCAAACCAGCUCCCAAGGCUCAGCUAGUGUGUAGUAAGACAGGAGGCAUAGAAAGCUGCUUCCUGUCAUGCCCAUCCAAUACUCUUUUUGUUCCAGAUUCAGAGAACAGCUACACGCUGAGCUGUGGCGUUCCUGUCCAGCAAGGCAAAGCUCAGCAGAAACGCAACGCAACCCUGCCCAGCUGCGCAGAUUCAUUAGCCCCUCCUAUCAAGCAGAAAGCUCGUUUUAAAAUUAAGGAUGCAAAAUGCCAUUUACGGCCUCGCAGCAAAGAAAAAACAAAAGAUUCUGGGAAGCAAGCUUCUCUAGGAGGUCAAUUCCCUUGUACAGACAACUGCCAGGUGACCUUUGUGAAUCUCAAGUGUGAUUCCUCCAAGAAAAAACGUCGAGGCCGUAAGUCCCCAUCAAAAGAGGUAUCCCAUAUCACCGCAGAGUUUGAAGUGGAGAUGAAGUCAGAAGAAGUUUCAGACACCUGUAACAUUGACUGUGUUCGGAAAAGGAUGGAGCAGAAGCUGCAAACUGCAAUCAAAACAUUGAGGAAAUCUAUUAAUAAACAGCAAUUUUACAUUCAGUUUUCUGGGACAGAAUAUGAAGUGGCUCAGAAGCCAGCUAAAGCUACUGAAGGGCAUGAAGCUUGCAGUACAGGGCAGGUGCUGCAGGAUGGAAAAUGCGUUACCUGCAGCACGGGCACCUUUUAUAGCGGAGAACAUAAUCAGUGCGUUCCUUGCUCACCAGGAACAUACCAAGACACAGAAGGUCAACUUACCUGUGAGCCCUGCCCAAGUAAUGAUGGACAGGGCGUAGCAGGCGCCCGGAAUGUCUCAGAAUGUGGAGGGCAGUGUUCUCCUGGGCACUAUUCCCCAGAUGGUUUUAAACCUUGUAGAGUCUGUCCUCUUGGUACAUACCAGCCUGAACCAGGAAGGACCCUCUGCUUUCCAUGUGGCGGUGGGCUUGUGACCAAGUAUGAAGGUGCUGUUUCCUUUCAAGACUGUGAAACCAAAGUUCAUUGUUCUCCUGGGCACUACUACAACUCCACAACACACAGAUGUAUCCGAUGCCCUAUGGGAACAUACCAGCCUGAGUUUGGUCAAAACUACUGCAUCACCUGCCCUGGGAACACAAGUACAGAUUUUGAUGGUUCCACUAAUGUUACGCAUUGCAAAAACCAGCACUGUGGAGGAGAACUUGGUGAUUAUACUGGCUACAUUGAAUCACCCAACUAUCCUGGAGACUACCCAGCUAAUGUUGAAUGCAUUUGGAAUAUAAACCCACCCCCAAAGAGGAGAAUACUCAUCGUAGUACCUGAGAUAUUUCUCCCAAUUGAAGAUGAAUGUGGUGAUGUUUUAGUAAUGAGAAAAAGUGCUUCUCCUACUUCAAUUACUACAUAUGAAACAUGUCAGACUUAUGAGAGACCUAUUGCAUUUACCUCAAGAUCAAGGAAACUUUGGAUUCAGUUCAAGUCAAAUGAAGGAAACAGUGGCAAAGGAUUUCAGGUCCCCUACGUGACUUACGAUGAGGAUUACCAACAACUAAUAGAAGACAUUGUUCGAGAUGGACGAUUAUAUGCAUCAGAAAAUCAUCAAGAAAUUCUAAAGGACAAGAAACUGAUUAAAGCUCUCUUUGAUGUACUGGCACACCCACAAAACUAUUUCAAGUACACAGCACAAGAGUCAAAAGAGAUGUUUCCAAGAUCAUUUAUAAAGCUACUGCGAUCAAAAGUUUCCAGAUUUCUACGACCAUACAAGUAGUCCAGUGGUAUUGAAUUGUUGGUUAUUUUGCAUUCCUGUCAAAUAUUGUCUUUCCUCCGUAGUAGAAACAUUUGCUAAUUUGAAGGCUCUUUUUUGCAGUCUUUGUUCUCAGUUGUAUAUCGAAGAAUACCUAUAAUGUUUUAUAAGCAUUCAAAGCCAAUGUUCUGAAUGGGAUUUUUAUUACAAAAGAAAAAAAAUGUGCAUCCUUGAGCACAUCUAGUAGAAAAUCCAAAUUUGUGUCUGCACUAGUGUACCUUCACUUCCCAUUUGAAAUUACAUGAGAUAGAAAGUAUUCUUUCCAGCUUUUUCUUUUUCAUCAACAAUAACUUUCAUCAAGCAAAGAUGGAAUUUCUUCAAAUUGGAUUAAACUACCUGCAGAUAAGUUCUGUUGUAGAAAGAAGUGUGUAAUAUAAAAUUUGCAUUUUGAAUUGCACUUGAAGUUUAUAUUUGAAUCUCUAGAAGAAAAAACUAUCUAAAUUUUGCUAUCUGUCCUUUGUGGCUGAGUGGAACCUCUGUCCAGGUAGACAUCAAAAGGGAAAAAAUUAAAAACAAAAAAAAGAAAAAAACCACAGAUGUAUAAUUUUGUUUUGUGACUUCAAUGAGAUUUGAGUUCCUUGUCCUGGCCUCCUAAUGUUUUUGUCUGUCCUCUUCUAAACUUCUUCAGAGGUUUGCCAUUGUCAGUAACUUCACUGAAACAGAUUUAGCUCUGGAUUUCCAUACACCAAUUGGUCCCUUUGAAGACAUUUACAAUAGGAUAGGUGAGAAAUGAACAACAACAGUAGUAGUCUUUUUUUUUCUUUCUGUUAAUAGAGCAUCUAAUUAAUUACAAUAUAUAAAUAUAUAAAUAUAUACUUCUAUUUGUGGGUACAUUGGUAAUGUUAUCUUUAGUUACUGUAAAUAUUAUUCAUGCUUAAAUCUUAAAUCCCACUCACCCUAUUUACCCAUAUCUAUUUGUAAACUUUGCUUAGAUGAUUAAAUGACUUCUCCCAGUACUUGUCACUUCCGUUUACAACAAACUGAAGCCUUUUGGCGUUUUGUAAUACUGGAUAAUGGUUUAGUCUGGGACAAUCUCUUCUGACAUACAUUAUUCCAGGAGAAAUGAGUUAAGAUGCAAAUGCUGUCCAGUAAGGGGUCAGCUGUUGUCUCUUCUUUGGGCACCCCUCAUGUGCAGACCAACAGAGUUAACCAUGAGGAUGACACGCAUAGAGGUGAAACUCUUCAUUGAGGAGGAAUUUCUGUAGGACCUGCCACCUCUGAAAUGCUGGGAACAGACCUGUGUCACAGGCCCAGGCUCUGUGGAGGUGAGGGGUGAACAGGACACAGAUGAAAGCAGGCCCUGCAGUCUUGAGAGACCUGGCACUCCCUUUUGUCACAGAAUUGCAACCACGGGAGCCAGAGGGGCUGCAGGAGAGCAUUAGCCUUGUGGUCAGGCCUUCCUUAUGGAGUGACAUGUACUGGUGGGUUAAGAGGAUGAUAAAUCCUAUGUUUUCUAGCACAGGAGAUAAUUUCAACGAGAGAGUAGCCUUUUUUUAAUACUAUUUCAGCCUCUUUACUCUAAAGUCCCUUCCUUUUGUGUAUCACUUUCCCUUUUGAUCCUAUGAGUUUAUUACAUGGAGUAAAUAUCACACUAGCAUACUCUCAGAAAGAGACUAGCACACCAUUUUGCUUCACUGUUGGGUUCAGGGUUUUUUCUGCAUAUCUAUCUACCCUUUAGUUUAACAUACGACUGAAUGCUCUCAAAGACAUACAUUAAGGGUAGUUAUGAUUAACUUGUUACACAUUUCCCUUUGAUCAAGUACUGAUUAAAUUUACAAAUCUGGUUUCUGUUGGCUACAAGUGGUUGAAUAUUCCAUUUCUUAAGUAUUCUGUUGAGCUUUCCUACGUAGACAUCUUGUAAUUUUGCUUGCCUUCUUUCCUUUCCUGUUGAAGAGUAUAGUUUUUUUAUUUCCGUGUCUGAACAGUUUCAACUUAGAGGUCUAACAACUCAUCUUUUCCACUCAUGGAUCUUAGGUCUUUGACAAAUUUCUCUUUAGUAUAUAUAUAUUCAUAUAUUAACCCUCAUUUUAAAAUGCAGUAUCUCCACAGAAGUCCUUUGUUAAAGGCUAUUAAACCUAACCUUCUAUGAGGAUGUUGAAACUACUUUUAUUAAGUAUUCAUCAUGGGUUACUAUAGGUGGACAUUUGAAGGAGUACAACUCAGCAGUCCUAGACUCAGUGCAUGUCUGGAAUUAAAAGAAAGUUGUAUGUAUUUUUUUCUUUAACAGGAGUUAUUUGUAGAAAAUAAUUAAAAAGGCAAAAAAAUUUUUUAGGUACUCAGUUAUGUAAAAGUGCAUAGCUAAAAAACUACUUCAGCUGAACAAUAUUCCAAUGUCUGAUAUGUUCAGAAUGAUCAGAAUGGGUCAGGAGUGCAGCCACUCUACUGAAACAAAUGAAGGAAAAGAUAGGAAAGAUACGGAGAAAAAUAACUUACUCCUUUGCUGAAAGGUUUGCAGCAAUCAUUAGUAUCUCAAACUUUAGUAAGUAAACUUUAGAACCUGAUGCUGUGCAGUGAGUUUAGUAAAAUCCUUGUUAAAUUUUUGCUUAACAGCCCACAUAUUUGGACAUAAUACCACAGUAUGACACUGGUGCCAAGCUGAACAAACCUACUCUCUGAAGUGGGGCUGAAAGUCAUUGCCUUACAAAUCCUGAAACCACUAACAUUUUCCAGGUUCUUUAACUACAUUGGAACCUAGUAUUAGCGACUACAAGAGGGACAUGUCCCGGUCAUGGCCCCUGUUAGUGGGGCUUUGGUAGAGCUGUGAGAGGUGAACACAGGAGGGAUCAGCUACAUUUAGCUCUGGUACCACUUGCCCUUACUUACAACACAUUAGUUCAUCCUGACAGACAUCCUCAGAGUGUGUGUUAGCUCAUAUUCCCUGGAGCCAUAUCAGGGCAUGGAGUACAUAGUCAGGACAGGGCACUAGAGGAUUUCUGUAGCAAAUGCAGACUUUCUGUUGCUGAAAGAAGUAAAAGAAGAAUAAUCGAGCCAUCAAAGUGAAAUGUUUCAGAAUAUACAGGGGUUUCACAUAUAUUUAGGAAAUAAGUCAGGUCUGAAUGUUGCGGCUUUGCAUAGAAAUGGACGUGCAAAUUUCUAAUGAAAAAAUUAACAACAGGUGGUCUAUAAUACUGCCUGAACUGACUUCAGCUGUACAACAGCACAGUGUUUUUACACGAGCUCUAAAAGUGCUUUUGCUUUCACACUAGAUUUACAGUUACAAAAACUGGUGGUCACCACGUAGGUGAGCUCAGCUCUUCACUUGUUAAUGUAGGUAUAGAGUGCCUUCAUUGUCAGAAGAGAACAUAUUGCUACUAUAAACCAACAAUACAACAAGGAAUGUCUUCUUCAAUGGAGAAGGCCUAGACACGUUUGGGAAUCAAAAAAACAUAGAAGGAGAAAUAUAGGUGCCUUUAAGAAAACCAGCUUUGUGAAAUGAAUCAACACAUCACAGAGUAGAAAAUUUUGGCUUUUAACCUAAACAUGAAAUAUUGCAUUUAAAAAUAUUCAAUAAAUACAGCCCUGUAUUUGCUCUUAUAGAAUUACAUGUUGUGUGCAGGAUAGGUGCAACAGCACAUUUAUGUGUUAUUACAGGAAGGCUGGAGAAGUGUCCAUUUGUGAUUGCCCAAUUCCACAUCACAAAAUGAGCUUUUCAUUUUCAGUUUGCAAAUGCCUGUAUGCUUAAAAGCUGCACCUGUAGCACUUAGAAUUUUAAGCCUCUCCUCCUGCUUUAAAUACUGCACUUACUUUCAGUGAGGUGGUGGUGAAUCAUCCCUAAAUAUUCUCCUGUGCCACCACAUCACUGCCUGGAUGCCUGCUGUGGUCCAGGAGACUGCAGCAAUCAGAAGUUGCUAAUCAAGCUCUAAGUCCUGUGUGAUUGCUGUGGCAAAGUGCCCGUGUGUGUCCUUUAAGUAAGGAAGCAUCAGCAUUCAGUGCUCAAUGGUUUGCCACCUGCACCUUGCUUGCAGUAGCAAGAUUUAUUCUGCCCGAUGAUUUUGCUCACCGAAACUGGAUUUAAAGCUGCUGAAGUCUUCUUUCAGCUCAUUUUCUUGCCCGCCCUUCCCCCAGCAAACAUUGGAUUUUUACCUGAAGACCAACUUUUCAAAAGAAACGUAUUUUCUCAUUGUGCCUCCCCCAUAGGACAAAGUUAAAUUACAGUACAAUAUAACUACUAAGAUUUAGACUUAUCUUUCCUAUAUGUUAGCUUCAUAUUAGGGUAUACUUAAAAGUAAGUAAGCUUACUUAAAACUAGCUUACCUAGUAAGCUAGGUUUAGUUUAGUUAAUAUCAUUUUAGACUAUCUUAAAUACAGGCUUGGUCACAGAGUUUUCAGAUUCUGCAUUCUGAGUUUUCAGCUGUUCACCUGCAGCCCUGUGUCUGUAAGCAGAAUGUAAAGAUGCAGCCACAUGAAUAAGGAACAUGCUUAUAUGCAUUAAACAUUCAAAGAGGAAAGCCAAACCCCACCCCCUGCCCUGCUGGUAAGCACACACAACUGAUCCAGAUUUCUCAGGGUAAUCUUAUCCAUAUGAACAGUCCAGUUUUAAUCUUGCAGAUAACAAGUUACAAACUUCAGGAGCAGAGCAGUGGUUUAAUUCUUACGUAAGAACUGCUGACUGGUAUUUGCCAGCAAAACCCAGCUGCUCCAUGACAGUUCCCAUGUCUGGACUCUAAAUACCUUUGAGCACUCUUAAAAAAGAUGCUGGAAUGAAAUCUUCAACAGGUGAAUCCAGUGGUGAAUUCUCAGCCACCUCAGGGGUCUGGAUUUUCCCUUUUCCAGUGAUGGGAAUGAGCAACACACACAGUUACUUGUACCUGUGUCAUGAGUUCAAGUAGCUGCAUUUUUGUCAUAGUUUAAAACCACUGAUUGACAGGGAUGGUACUAACUGGAGAAGUUCUGUAGACUCUCAGUACUUUGAGACUUUGAUGAAACUGUUUUCUAGGAUGCAAGACUGUUGUAAGCACUCGGCAGGGAGGGGGAGACUUUUGUCUUCAGUAAGAAUUUACAUAAUAAAGUAAAUUUCUGUAAGGUAGUAGGAACUUAUUCCUCAAUGUGAGACUUGGAUUCAGAGAGAAGUCUCAUGUUUUACCAUAACAUUUUUCAUCUGAAUAGAAACAGAAUGGGAGUUGAACUCCGAAUGUCAAAAACUUGCUAUCUAAGUAUCUGAAUAUAUACAAUUACAGUUUGUUCUUUCAUUUAUUUAUUAUUUUUCAUCACUAAGCUUUUAAUCUAUAAAAUUAAUAUGUAAUAUACAAGAGUAAAAUGUACAGAAGUACCUUUAGAUGUAAUAAUUUAAACCAUCUGUAUUCAGAAAGCAGACAUAACAAGCUUAAAGACAUACAAACAACUGCAGUUCAAUUUUAGCUGAAUUUCUCAAUAUCUAGAAAAAGAAGUGGCUUUGCUUAAUUAAAGUUUAUUUUAGUGAUUGUGAAAAUAUCUUUUUUAGAGUUUUUGUUACUUUUUAAUUAAAAUUAUUUUGUAAAUAUUGUUUUCUAUGUUUUAUACCUUAGAAAGGCCAUUAAUUGGCAUUGACAGCAGCAGAUACUGAGCACAACAAUGAAAAAGGUACUGUAGGAGACCGGGGUGGAUGUAGUCAGCAGCCAGAUUUAUCCUUCCAGGUUACUGCUCUUAGUAUUUCUGCAGUCACACUGGCAUCAGAGGAAGAGUUUUAUGGGGCAGUUUAACCUGCUGAAUUUCAGAGAACUGACUAUCAAGUGUCAUUCUGAAGUGCUUAUUAUUUUCAUAACAUAUAACGAACAUUUUAAAGUUAGUACUAGUUCUUCUUCCAUUGUUAUGAUAAGAAACAACACAAAACUCAGAAAUAAAAGGGAAUCCAAAGGAUGAUGCUCAAGUAUAGUGUAAAGACAAACAAAAGCAGGGCAUCUCUGUGCUUCCAGCUAGCAGUGGAAGUGCUAAAACCUCAUACUGGAUCAGAUCAUAGAGCCUUUUUUAGGCAAAACUGCCACUGAGGUCAGUGGUAGCUUCACCUAUAUAAAAUUCACUAUGAUCACGUCCAUCAUCAGUUAAGCAGGGAUUUCUGGUAGAUUAGGUUUGGGGGGAGAAUACCUUGAGCGUAAUAUUGGUUCCUAUACUGAUUUGCUCUGUGUGAUUCGGUGGGCAAGAGUGACAUUUUGAACUAAAUGCUUAUAGAUGCUGCUGGGACUCGGAAGCUUUAUUACCAAUGUAAAUUAUGUACAAACAGCUAUUUCCAUAUGAAAUGUACCAUGGUAGUUUAGGGCAAAGAUAGUGAAUAACUGUACAAAAUUUGAUACUUAGAAAAUAAAACACAGGGGUCUAAGCCUUACCAAUAUUUUAACAAUACUGUCAGAUUAGUAGUAGAAAAGGUUGUUGUAAAUGUACCUUAUGAGAAAAUACAUUUCCUUUUGCCUCUGUAUAUUAAUAGCUUUGAUUUCCAUGUCAAAGCUAAGAAUGAAGCAUGUAAUAAAAUUUUUGUUAAAACUGCUUUCAUAAUAAAUGUAAAAUGGAAUGGA